AAACGUACAACUGUCAGUUUUACAUUCCUCCACAUUUAAGACCUACAAAACAAUUAAAGUCAACCUAAAACAUAAAUAAAACAGUGUUCAGUAACAGUGACUAAUUCGGAUACGUAAGAAGAAGAAGACCGCCCAGUUGGGAAAUAUUUUGAUAAGGGGGAGGUGUGGUGUAUUUACCAACUCGAAUCAACCAUGUCGGCGACUUUGAAACCCUAUUUGACGGCCGUUAGGCACACGCUGACGGCCGCAAUGUGCCUGGACAACUUCUCGUCGCAAGUGGUCGAACGACACAACAAGCCGGAGGUGGAGGUGAACACCAGCAAGGAGCUGCUCCUCACUCCGGUGACGAUCUCGCGUAACGACAAAGAAAAAGUGUACAUCGAGACGUCCGUGAACUCCGUCAGGAUCAGCAUCGCCGUCAAACAGGCCGACGAAAUUGAGAAGAUACUGUGCAAGAAGUUCAUGAGGUUCAUGAUGAUGAGGGCGGAGAACUUUAUUAUAUUGAGGAGGAAGCCCAUCGAUGGCUAUGACAUUAGUUUUCUGAUCACCAACUUCCACACUGAACAGAUGUACAAGCAUAAACUGGUCGAUUUUGUGAUUCAUUUCAUGGAGGAGAUCGACAAGGAAAUAUCUGAGAUGAAGCUUGCAGUCAAUGCCAGAGCUAGGAUUGUUUCUGAGGAGUUCCUCAAGAGGUUUUAAUAGUUAAUAAUUGUUAAGGACUGUUACAAUUUCCCUCAAGUUGCAAAGUCUAGUUAUAAGAACAGAUUAAAGCAUUAAACAUGUCAAAAAGGCAUUUAAUUUGUAAAUACAAAGAGUAUUAUAGUUUGUUUUAAUUUAAUUAUUGUAAAUUAACGGAGUGAUAGACGUGAAAGUUGAUCAGAAGGUGCCAACGUGGAAUGUGGAAAUUGAAAUAAAUAUUUUAAUUUUUAAGUUUUUUAUACUUGUCCCAAUAAAACAUUUUUAUUAUUA